UUGGGAUUUGGGCAUCGCCCCUCGCCGCCCCUCUGCGCUCUCGUCAGGGCGAGUCUCAAGAUAACAAGACGACCGGCGGUGUCCUUCCGAGAAGAGCUGGAGAAACUAGAGUUUUGGAGGCGCAUGCGCAGUGGCUCGAUACUGCAGAGAGCUACAUCGGGAAUUCCGCAGCUGUCAAGGAGGACCGUGCGGGAAUGUGAGGUUGGAGACGGGCGCCUUGCCCCCCCUCCCCCACCCAGACCUCCCCGUACAACUCAACAUGUGCGUCUGCUCCCGGAGCCCCGCGGCUCUGGGGGCCGUGGUUCCGGAGCGAUGAAGGGACGUUGCGGACAGAACUUUUAACUCGGGCCGCUCCUCUCCGCCGCCAUGGCCUCUCCGGCCAUCGGUUCCGCGGCAGGGAGCUGCUUCGAGCAGCAUCGCAAGUCCGUCUCGCUGCUCUUCUACCGGGCCGUGCGGGACCUGAAGCCGGUCUGGAUGCUGGAGGACAUGCGUGCGAUGGAGACGUUUUGCUGGGAGGAGGGCGACGCCGCCGGCCGCCGCACGUACACCCCGUCGGAGGCGCUGCUUUACGCGAUAGUCCACGACCAUCGGGCGUACGCGCGCUACCUGCUCAACCGGUACGCCGGGGAGGCGCUGGCGAGGCCCGGGGAGCGCUUCUGCCGCUGCGCGUCGCCCGCCGCCCCGCACCUGGCCAUGGCCAUCCGCUACGACCGGCGCUACAUUCUCGGCCUCAUCCUGCAGGAGAGCCACCGCAUAGCCGGCGUGCCUUCUCCUCCUACGUCCUCCUCCUCCUCCACCACCUCCGCCUCCUCCUGCGCCGACCGGGCCGGCUGUUUCCACAUGGAGGACGGCCGCACCCCGCUGCACCUGGCCUGCGAGCUGCUGCGCCCCGAGGCGGCGGUCAUGCUGCUGGGGAGCGGCGCGUCCCCGCACGCCCUGGACCGCGACGGCUGCACGCCCCUGGACGUCCUCCUGGAGAAACUCGGGCACUGCGGGCAGGGGGGGGCGAGCGGGAGGCAGUGCCUGGACCACCUGCUCAUGUUCAUGCCCAAGGUCCGCUUUAAGAUGAAGGGGGCCCUGCGCAGGGAGCCGGGCCGCUGGGCCCCGGUGCUGGGCGAGGAGACCUACGGGUACCUGACGGAGAGGAGGCCGGCUCCGCUCAUCCUCGCCGCCAUGCAGACCGUCCUGAGGCAGCUGAACCCGGAGACCUUCCCGGACAACCUGCACGAACUGCCCAUCCCCUCCUCCCUGAAACCGCUGUGAGGGGGGGGGUGGAGGCCUGCAGGGGGACAGUGAUGCAUGCUCCGCUAUUUUAGCACGGUGUGUGUGUGCGUGUGUGUGUGUGUGGGGGGGGGGAGGGUUGUGUGUUUGUGUUUGCACUUCAUUAUAGGGCUCCACAAAUUAAUAUUCAGGGAACAAACGCAUGAAUGUCUGCAGAUGUGCUGAUUGGAUUCACAGUCUGUGACAGCAGCGUGGAGGCAGAGAAUGAACCAGGGAAUAAACAGCCAUGUUGUUUCUUUAAACUAAUGUAGUCAUUAAUCAGCAGUUUGUUUAUCAAACCUUUACUAAUAUGCCACUGAACUAAUCCGAUGAAGGUUUGCUGUGUUACUCAUGUCGGGUUUUUAUUUGAAUGGAAAGAUGAAAAAGGAAGCGAUCUUAUUGGUCAUUUAACAGUCAAGUGACUUUAAGACUCUUUGGGUGACUGAUUAUUUUUAAAAUAAAAUCAACACAUGUAUUUG